AUGAUCCCCACAGCAAAAUGCCUAGCCCAGUCACCCGGCUUCGUCAAAAGGAGCGCGGACGAGUUGGCCCGGUUUACUAAGAUGGCCUGGAACCUCGAUGCACUCUCCGUCCCUUACAAACCCUAUCACCUCCUCGAUUUCACCGACGAGAACACAAUCGCGGGCUGCAAGACCAUGUCCGACCGCGCCGUUGGUGGUUACAGCACUGCAAAUCUGGACUAUAUCCCCGCAGAUCCCGCGACCAAUACCCCCGCACAUGCCCGCUUUCAUGGCUCGAUAUCCACCAAGUUGCCGCAGAAUUGGAAGGUGCAGAGGACCGGUUAUGCGGCUUUCCGCAACCAAGACCGCGGGCUAUGGCUCUUCGGCCGCCUCUACUGGGACGUGGACCCAUACACCUACCUUGCGUUGCGCGUCAAAUCCGAUGGCCGCAGAUACAAAGUAAACAUCCAAACCGAUUCCAUCGUCGAUACUGACAUCCAUCAACAUCGCCUCUUUACCCACCACCACCGCAUUCCACAGUCGUCUUCCUCCGCAGAUGCAACUUCAUACUCUUCCGAGCAAGGCGAAGAUGUCCCCACCGCUCUGGCAGAUUUCGCUCCCCAACAACCCUCCUCUUCCGGCGCGUACACUCACACCACACCGCAAGCUACCAAUCCGGAUUCAACCGGCUGGGAAACUAUAUUAAUCCGGUGGAACGACUUUGUACGUACGAACCUUGGCUUUGCCGUGGAGCCGCAGACGAGUAUGGUACGGCAGCGCAUCAAGUCCAUUGGUCUUGGCUUGACGGAUCGUGUUCAGGGGCCGUAUGAUUUACGCAUUCACCGCAUUUGGGCGACGAAUGGGCUGUCGGAAGAGGAGAUGGAGGAGGAGAAGAGAAUAUGUGGGCCGAAUGCGUUGCAGAUGACGGGGAAGGAGUGGGGCCCUGGGAGAAUUGGGAAACCUUCAAUGGCUGAGCAGGAGGGAGAAGCGUUGGGGAAGUUGAAGAAGCUGAAGGAGGAGAGCGAUGAGGUGGUGGUGGAGCAGAAGAAGAGGGAGGAUUAG